CAACAGUCCACUGUUUGAUUUUGAUCUCACUUUGCUACAUUUAGACUAAGCAAUAUUUUAAUAAUUUCUGGCAAUGAAAAGAGGUUUUCAUUAUUGACACAGAAGAAGGAGAAGUGCUUUUUAAUUCUUCCUCUUUCUAUACAUACACACGAAUUUUACUGUUUAUGUAUGCGUUUGAUAUUUACAGAGCUUCUGAAAUCCGAUGGAUUUUGGGAAGAUUAGCUGCUUAAUUUGCCUAGUUUCAGUGCUGGUGGUAGUCUUCAGCAUCCCAUCUGCAGUGACCGCCGGUGACAUUGUUCAUCACGACGAUUUAGCCCCCAAAAAGCCCGGCUGUGAGAAUGAUUUUGUGCUGGUGAAAAUUCAAACAUGGGUUGAUGGGGUAGAAGAUGCUGAGUUUGUUGGUGUUGGUGCUAGAUUUGGCACUACAAUUGUGUCGAAGGAGAAAAAUGCACAUCAAACUCUUCUAACUCGGUCAAACCCUCGAGACUGUUGCAGUACUCCAAAGAACAAGCUUGCUGGAGAUGUCAUCAUGGUAGAUCGAGGAAACUGCAAAUUCACUGCAAAAGCUAAUUAUGCAGAAGCUGCUGGGGCUUCAGCAGUCCUUAUAAUAAACAACCAAAAAGAACUUUACAAGAUGGUUUGUGAUCCUGAUGAAACUGACCUAGAUAUAAAGAUACCUGCUGUCAUGCUUCCCCAAGAUGCUGGUGCAACUUUGGAGAAAAUGCUAUCGAGUAAUUCAUCAGUUACUGUGCAGCUUUACUCUCCAAAGCGGCCAAUAGUUGACAUAGCAGAAGUAUUUUUAUGGCUGAUGGCUGUUGGUACAGUGUUAUGUGCAUCGUAUUGGUCUGCUUGGAGUGCUAGAGAAGCAGCUAUAGAACACGACAAGUUGUUAAAGGAUGCUUCAGAUGACAUUCCAGAGACAGGACCUGUUCAUACUAGCAGUGUGGUGGAUAUAAACAUGACUUCAGCAGUCUUAUUUGUUGCCAUUGCAUCCUGCUUCUUGAUCUUGUUGUACAAACUUAUGAGGUUCUCAUGGUUCUUUGAACUCUUGGUGGUAGUCUUUUGCAUUGGUGGUGCAGAGGGCUUGCAAACUUGUUUAGUGGCCUUGCUAUCACGGUGGUUCAAGCGUAUGGGAGACUCAUUCAUUAAAGUACCUAUUUUUGGAGCAGUAUCAUACCUUACUUUGGCUGUGUCUCCGUUCUGCAUAGCUAUUGCAGUUUUAUGGGCAGUCUACAGAACAUCAUCAUUUGCAUGGAUAGGUCAAGAUGUACUUGGCAUUGCGCUUAUUAUCACUGUUCUUCAGAUUGUACGGAUACCUAAUCUUAAGGUGGGAACAGUACUACUGGGUUGCGCCUUCUUGUACGACAUAUUUUGGGUGUUUGCUUCCAAGAAGCUGUUCCAUGAAAGUGUGAUGAUUGUGGUAGCUCGUGGUGAUAGAAGCGGCGAGGAUGGUAUUCCUAUGCUACUGAAGAUUCCACGCCUAUUUGAUCCCUGGGGUGGUUAUAGCAUCAUAGGCUUUGGCGACAUCCUUCUACCAGGACUGCUGGUUUCAUUUUCACUGAGGUAUGAUUGGCUUGCAAAGAAGAAUCUCCGAGCUGGUUACUUUCUGUGGGCAAUGCUUGCUUAUGGAUUAGGCCUUCUCGUUACAUAUGUAGCGUUGAACCUUAUGGAUGGCCAUGGCCAACCCGCACUUCUUUACAUCGUUCCAUUUACCCUCGGGACGUUUCUGGCAUUGGGUAGAAAGCGAGGAGACCUUAAGAUUCUGUGGACGAGGGGAGAACCGGAAAGGGUGUGCCCGCACAUACGCCUCGAAUCAACCCACGAAUCGGAUGAAGAAAAAUGAAGUGUAUAGCUCUUAAUAAUUAGCUGCUAAAAUGCAUAUGUUAUUGCCACGAAGAAAUGUUAUGGUAAACAGGAACCAGCUGUUUAUUGUCUGGCUAAAUCUGCAAAUGAUAUGAACACUUAUAUUCAAGUUAAUGGACAAUUUUUUAAUUCUUUUUUGUUUA